AGAGAGAGAGAGAGAGAGAGAGAGAGAGAGAGAGAGAGAGAGAGAGAGAGAGAGAGAGAGAGAGACUCUAGAUAGUAAAGGAAGAAAUCGGGUAACCUUUCUUCCCAGUCUGGGAGCUGGGGAAUAUUGACACAAUCUACUGCGGGAGUCAAGCAAGAGAGAUUGGAGCUGUGCGUUAGAGAAUGAUAUAGGGAGAGGAGAAAUUGGUGUUGAGGUGGGUGUGCGUGUGUGUGUGUGUGUGUGAAGAGGCACCGCAUUGCUGUUUCCAUCAAGGCUUUCAAAUCCUGUUGGACUCUCUCUCUCUAUGCUUCUUUUUUUCUCUCCCUUUUGUUAGCAAUAUGCUAGAUGGACAUCACAGCUCAUCUAACAGUAAGCAGAUGGAUUUUUAAUGGAUUCUGAUCCUCUGAUUGCAUUAACACCGUUUGGGAUUUUGCUGAUCUAGGUGGAGUCGACUGCCUGCCUUGCUUUCCUGGCGUGGGGGUUGGUACGUGUUUGGUUGGGGGGGGGGGGGGGGGAGUUGUGUAUCAACUGCAAGGAAGGCGCAUGGCUUGUCUGAUGCAUUUCAACAAAAACUGCUACCAAAGAAGAUCGAAGAAGGGAUAAUAAUGGCAGCCUGGAUUCCUCCCCCCAUUGUCUAGUUUGGUUAUCUGUUUUUUUUUUUUGGGGGGGGAUUUGCAAAACCUAUUUCAUGCAUGUCCUGUGGGGGCAGGUUCAAUUUUGACGAUGGGGGGUCAUACUGCGGAGGCUGGGAGGAUGGCAAGGCUCACGGCCACGGGAUCUGCACUGGCCCCAAGGGACAGGGCGAGUAUUCGGGGUCCUGGAGUCACGGCUUCGAGGCGGUGGGGGUCUACACAUGGCCAAGCGGCAACACAUUCCAAGGGACUUGGGCACAGGGCAAGAGGCAUGGCAUCGGGGUGGAGAACAAAGGGAAGUGGGUAUAUAAAGGCGAAUGGACUCAUGGAUUUAAGGGACGCUAUGGGGUACGUGAAAGCAUGGGCAAUGGGGCCAAAUACGAAGGCACCUGGAACAACGGGCUGCAAGACGGCUACGGGACUGAGACCUACUCUGACGGAGGUACCUAUCAGGGUCAGUGGGUGGGAGGAAUGCGGCACGGAUAUGGUGUCCGGCAGAGCGUCCCGUAUGGAAUCGCAGCCGUCAUCCGCUCUCCGCUCCGAACCUCUAUAAACUCCCUGCGCAGUGAGCACAGCAACGGCACGGCGAUGCACCCGGAUGCUGUGGGGGGAGUAGGGGGGGUGGUGGCGGGCAGCCCAGCAGUCUCCAGGGGGGGCUUCGUCCUCACCAUGCACAGCGACGCAGAGCUGCUCAAGAAUAAGAAGAAGGGCCUCUUCCGGCGGUCGCUGCUGAGUGGGCUGAAGCUGCGCAAGUCUGAGUCCAAGAGCUCGCUGGCCAGCCAGAGAAGCAAGCAGAGCUCUUUCCGCAGCGAGGCCGGUAUGAGUACCGUCAGCUCAGCUGCCAGUGAUAUCAACUCCACCAUCAGUCUGGGGGAGGGAGAUGCUGACCUCUCCAUCAUUGAAGAUGACAUUGACGCCACCACCACUGAGACCUACAUAGGGGAGUGGAAGAACGACAAGAGGUCCGGCUUUGGGCUCAGUCAGCGCUCCGAUGGGCUCAAGUACGAGGGAGAGUGGGUCAGCAACAAACGCCACGGCUACGGCUGCACCACCUUCCCUGACGGCACCAAGGAGGAAGGGAAGUACAAGCAGAACAUCCUGGUGAGUGGCAAGCGGAAGAACCUCAUCCCACUGCGGGUGAGCAAGAUCCGGGAGAAGGUGGGCGGUGCCGUGGAGGCUGCCGAGAGGUCGUCGAAUGACGCCAAGCAGAAAGCAGAAAUCGCUCUAUCCAGGACGUCUCAUGCGCGGGGGAAGGCGGAGGCAGCAGUGGCCGCUGCUCAGACAGCCCAGGAGGAAGCACGGCUCGCCAGGAUCACUGCCAAAGAAUUCUCCCCUUCUUUCCAGCACCGGGGAAACGGGCUGGAGUGCCAAAGGCCAAAGCAUCAGAACUCGAGUGAGAAUGACAUUGAAGUGAUCUCCACGGGGACCCCCGACAGCUCCGAGCUGCACAUGAAGGGGACGACCCCCCCUGAUCUCACCCCAGACCAGAGCCCCUCACCCAGCCGGCCCGCCACCCCUCCCUCCGCCAGCCCCUCCAAGCCUACUCACCGCACCAAGAAUGCCAGAUUCCUUCGGCAGACUGCCGUGGAUGACGACCGGGGCACAGGCGAAAUCCAGGUGCUUGUGGAAGGGAGGGGGGGAGUGGGGGAGUACAUGCGACCCAACAGCCGAAGUGAGGAGAAGCGGCUGACAGCAGUGGGACCCAGCAGUAGAGGCGGCAGUCGAGGGAGCAGCAGAUCCAACACCCCUUCCGUCCAGGAAGACACAAGGGCUCGAAGCAGUAACGGCCACAAGCAAGCAUCGUCCAACCACAAGCCUCGGGAGCGAUGGUCUGACUGCCCCAGCACUGUCUCCUGGGCGCCACACCGCUCCCACAGCGAAACCCUGGCCCACUCCCGGCUGCUGGAGCAGGAUGAGGAGAAACUCAGCAACUACGAGAUGGAGAUGAAGCCCCUCAAAAGAAUGGAUUCCUAUAUGCAAGAAACACAUUCUCAAAAACAUCACGCUGCCGCCUCUGCAUCCGGCAAUGCCCACGGCUCUCUGAGCCCUGCCAAGGACAACCACUCAGAGCCCAGGGCCUUCGGGGUUCAAAGAACGAGAGAUAAAUGCCAGCCCAAGGUGAGCGUGCGGCCCGUCCUGCCCCCCACGGUGCAGAAGCUGGACAGCUGCCUCCGGCUGGGGGACAAACUCGAGUCCCGGCCCCUCAGGAGGGAUUUGACCCUUUCCCCCCCACAGAAAUCUUUACCCAUUGCACUAGAGCACGACGAGGAGAAUUUAAGUGAACUCAAAUCAGACUCGGGCUCCAGUUCUAUCCUGGUUGUUAUGGUGAUCUUGCUAAACAUUGGAGUCGCCAUUUUGUUUAUUCACUUUUUUAUUUAAUGUAAUGCCUAUGAUUACUGUUAUUAUUCUGGUUACUAUGAUUAUUGCCCUGUCUAAAAAAAGGAGACGAAACAAACAAAAAAACAAACAAACAAACAAAGAAAUCUCCAACUAACACAAAACAUCCAAACCUGGGAAUGAAUUCUAAACAGCCUCUUGUUUUUUUUUCGUUCUUUAAAUCUAAAGAACUUGGUAAAAGUGGUUCACUUUUUGGUGGUUCACUUUUUUUGCCUUUUUUUUGUUUGUUUCUUGCUUUAAAAGAUUUCUUUUCUGGAAAGUAACAUUAAAUAAAUAAAAAUUACUGGCUUGUACAACAGUAUAGCGCUGUGUGGCAUGGCAGCACAAUACAGAUGCCUGUCCCCUUCCCCCAGCUACUUCAGAGAAGCAUUACUGCAGUGUCUGGAAACAACAGAACAACGCGGUUGCAGCCCGCGACAGUGUAAAGAGCACAGAAGAUCCAAAUUACCAUUUUCAAUGGGCCAUUCCUAGGUUUUUGGUUUUGGCAGCUAUGUUUAGAGCCAGUUGGUACCAGUUUACAUGGAAUUUAUAAUGAACUCUUAUUACAAAAUGUCUGGUAUAGCUUUGGUGAAACAUUUUCUGACAAGAAUAUUCUUUGGGCCUGUAGAGUUGAAAAAAAAAGUCUGUUUAGUUCAGAGCGGGCCUUACUGUUCCAAUAAAUGUGGGGUGGGGAUGUUGAAUUUAACAGCGUAAAAAAGGUCUGUUAUAUGCAUGUGGGAGGAAUUACCAUUGCCUAUGCAAUUGUAGACGUUGAUUAUAUCCAUGCCCUGUUCUCUUAUUGCCAGGGAACAAGCAAACGUUGUCAUGGUAAUCUGUGAUUUGAUGACAUCACCAAGGGCAUUUUUACAAUUGCCUGAACAGUUAUGGUACCCCCAUUUGUAUUACAGUUAACCUCUUGUCCUGUUGAAUCUUAUCAUGAAAAAAUGUUUCAUUAAGACUACAUCUCAGACAUCAAAGUCUAAUGAAUUUGGCCGUGAAAAUAUAUAAUUUCUUAAAAACAAAAUUACAAGGCCCAAAACCAACAUGUAUACCAUUUGAAAGAAGACACGGUUCGUUUUCAGCCACUGCUUAGAAAACCUCUACUUUAUUUAAAGGAAGUUACUUUACAUCCAUUGCAAGACUUUUUAAAUAGCCAUCUGCCUUGUUUUUUUUUAACUAAAGACAAACAGCAUGCUCACGUAUAUAUAAGUAUGUUUAAAAAAAAAAUCAGUUUGAGUUUUUAAAGCAGUCAAGGUUGUAAAACUGUGUGUCAACCCUCUUUUCAAACGAUAAACAUUACCGAUGGGUUGCAUAGGGGUUAAAAUAAAAUUCCAGAUAAGAGUUUCCCUUUCUGAGUUGUAAAUAUGGGGGAGAAGGAUGUGUGCAGCUUGAUCACAGUGAGGGUAUGUGUGUGCUUGUCAGCCAAGUUACAAAUCAGAAAGGGGACACUGGCUCUACAACAAGACCGCCACCACGUUAAAAAAAAGCAUGUGUUUUAGGAUACUAUAUCCCCUUUCUCAUACUGAUCUAUCUUACUGUCUAUCUAUCAAACUACCUUCCUACAUACAGAGGCUGGACAAAAAUAUAGGAACACCUGUGUACCAUUGCACACAUUUUUGGGUAAAUUGGAAGUAUUUGUCAAAUUGCACCCCAAGUCUAUUCUGUAAUGUAUAAGAGCUGCAUCUCUCUGGUGAAAUCUGUUUCAAGAUCUUUGAUAGGGUGCUAAUAGCAGAUGCUUGGUUAGCAGAUGUUUCUGAUCCCCAAUUGUUAUUAUUAUUGUUAUUAUUGUUAUUAUUAUUAUUAUUAUUAUUAUUAGACUAUUAGACUCAGAAGGAAUAAUGAUUGAGGAAUGGUCACACAUCCCCCAAGAAUUAAGUUAAACAUCUUAGAGUCGCCAAGUUGAAUUAUUGCCAUCCAGGUUGUCCAUCCUAUUGACAACAUUAUGGCGGGUGUUUCCAAUUUUUUGUCCAGCUCCUGGAUCUCACUGUCUGGUAUAGUUUUAUACCAUCUCCCCUCAGUUACUCAUCAUCUUGCUUUAUAUAACAGCAUGCCAACGCAUGCAUUUGUUUUGCCAAUCAAAUCUGAUUUCUGUGAAAGAAAAAAAAAAGAAAAAAAAAAUGAAUACCAUUGACUAUAAUCUUUAUGUUAUGUGCUCAUUCCAAACACGCCUUUUAUCAACAGAGGAGACCUGGUGUAUAAAUGGCCUGGAGGGUGAGAUGUUUGCUAGUGUGAUUUUUGUUGUUAGAUCUAUUCAGUUUUGUUUAUGAAAUGAUGGAAAGCUUAUUUCUUUUUUUUUUUAUUAACAUAAAAAUCAAUAAAUGGGAGAACCAUUUUAA